UAUCCCAAACAGCUCUAUUCAAGUUUAUGAAUGAUUUAACACUUAAAGGUGGCAGGACUUAAUGCAAAUGAACGAAGAGGAAACUGUCAGCUGCAUUGUGGUUCAACCAAUAGAAGCACAGCUCCAUCUUGGAUGUGCACCGGACUGCAUUACAAACAGACGAUACCAUCGCUUCAACAGCAGCCUUCAGACGAGAGGUCACCUGUCCUCGAAGUUUAAAGGACUGGAAAUAGAAAUACACUGAGCCAACAAGAUUCAAAAGAACAAUACAAGAAGUAGAAUCCCUAAGAAUGGCCUCCCUGAGCUCCAGCCUCUGGAAUGAAACCACUACAUCUGUUUAUCAGUACCUUGGUUUUCAAGUUCAAAAAAUUUACCCUUUUCAUGAUAACUGGAACACUGCCUGCUUUGUCAUUCUGCUUUUAUUUAUAUUUACAGUGGCAUCUUUAGUGGUGUUGGCUUUCCUGUAUGAAGUGCUUGACUGUUGCUGCUGUGUAAAAAACAAAACUGUGAAAGACGUGAAAAGUGAACCUAACCCUCUUAGAAGCAUGAUGGACAACAUCAGAAAACGUGAAAUUGAAGUGGUCUAGCACUCUACCUAAAACGAACAAAAAUCUCUGAAAACAGCCUUCAACUACUGAGAAAAAAAGGAUAAUUUUCUGAGGCCAACUGUGAUUAUGAAAAUUGACUCUGAAUGAUUAAAAGAUUUC